AUGGAACAAAAUUUGAAACUCUCAAAGGAUGAAGGUGAUCUCCUUUCAGAUUCCACAAGCUACAGAAGGUUAGUUGGCAGGCUGCUUUAUUUGACAAUUACAAGACCAGACUUAGCUUUCUCAGUUCAAAUAUUGAGUCAGUUUAUGGACAAGCCACGGCAACCUCAUCUAGAUGCUGCUCAUCGAGUCCUGAGAUACUUGAAAAAUUCUCCUGCUCAAGGCCUUCUUUUCUCUGCCAAAUCAGAUUUUCAUCUUAAGGCUUUUUCAGAUUCAGAUUGGGCAGGUUGUUUAGAUACUAGAAGGUCUAUCACUGGUUUUUGUGUGUUUAUUGGUGAUUCACUUGUGUCUUGGAAGUCUAAGAAACAGCACACAGUGUCAAGAUCAUCUGCUGAGGCAGAAUAUCGAGCUCUUGCUUCCACAUGUUGUGAGUUGAUGUGGCUGACUUCUCUUCUCAAGGAUUUCAGAAUUCCUCAUCCACAGGCUGCUCUUUUGUUUUGUGACAGCCAAUCAGCUCUUCAUAUUGCUGCAAAUCCGGUUUAUCAUGAAAGGACCAAGCACAUCGAAUUGACUGUCAUCUAG